GGCUCUUCCUCCAGCUCUGGCGCCGCCCACCCCAUUGUAACUUUCUGGAUCCGGCCCUGGACAAUGUCGAAGAAGAAUAAUCUUUCUACCCGCAGAAAGCAGCACGAGUUCGAUCUACGAAGAGAAAAACAAGAGAAGGAAAAGAAGGAGAAGAGGCUAGAAGCUAAGAAGAACAAGAUGAAAGUGGAUGGGAAGCCCAAGAAGAAGGGUGGUGGUAAAUUUCUAGUGGCGAAGAAGAAAUUGAAGACAAAAUUGACAGCAUUGGCAAAAGCCAAAGUUGCACAAGCUAUGGAGAUUGAGAAGUAGUAAAUGAUAUGCUAAAGAUCAAAUGUUAUUGGUUACAUGGAAUAUUCUAUUCUAGCUUCUACUUCUUCUAUUGGCAAUUCCAUUUAUCCUGUGUCUUAACUUUGUAAGCUAGUAUUCAAAUACAAUAGGUAUAGUCUACCCAUAGUAAGUUGUCAGUUGUUACAAGUGUUGAUCAACUUUUGACUUAAAUUUGCUUAUUUGUGCUUGUUAGAUUUAAUGCACGAAAUUCUCACAUCAUCAGACUUGUUAAAAGCAACACUGACCAAGCUUAAGCGCCAAAGCUCAAGUGAGCUGCAGAUUUGCGCAUAGCUUUCACAAAGCAACUGGCCGGGUUAGAAAGUGCCGCUUUUUCUGUCGCUUUUUUACUUGGAGCUUAAGCGCAAAAGGGAUGCAGCGCCAAAAGGGAGCUUUUCUACGCUUCUCACAAAAAGCGACAUUUGACUGGUUAACUAAAAUCAGUUUUAGUUUUCUUUGUAAAGCUAUGAUUGCAACUUGGGACUCUUUUUAGUUUAAUCUCAUUAAGGCUUCUACUUUUUUCCUAACCCUCUGGAUUGCAACACGCUCUUUUGCUAAGUUUGUUGAUUGACUUCUCUUGACUAGGUAGAUUAGUAUUUAGUAAGUGAGCUCUGAACAUCUUGCUCGGUAAAUACUUGAGUGCAAACUUCUAACG